GCUGCUGGCCUCUCACGCAAGAUUUUGUUUACAUUUGCCGUGUUGCAAUGUCGCUUGCUACGUCUGGCAAGCAACUGGUCGCACGUCCCACCGUGUCUAGUCUCGCUAUUCGUCGGGCACUGCCGAGCCGAGGUCAGGCGGCCGCUUUGUGGGUCGCCUGUAGAGGUGUUGUGCAGUCAAAUAACGGUAGCGGCUUGCGCAGCCUCCUCGACCAGUACGAGGACUACAACCUUUCACAGCGCCUGAAGCAAAACCGCAACGGCAACUACUACCGUCUGCGGCAGAAGCUGUGGCCGUCGCAGGAGGCCCUGGAAAAAAACCUUACCGAAAUCACCUACCACCCGGUGGAGCGGCAGCCCCUUGCCUUGCUGGGAAAGCGCAACGCGCCGCGGCAGGUGUUCGCGUGCGAGGGGCGUGGCGGCACCGCGCUGCUCGAGGCAGUGGAACAGGAUCAGCAAGAUGCUUCCAAAGCGAAAUCUGGAAACGAGUACACGAGCAAUAAUGAUGAUGAAUCCGUCCUUCAGGUACACAGUUCGACGGAAGACGAUGUUGACUUUAUGGAGUCUUUGAUGCGGGCGGACCAGUCGGUCAACAACAAAAUAAUGACCGACGCAGAUGCGCGUGGAACCACGUUGGAGUCUGCCCGCACACGUGCCGCGCUGAUCCUCGAGCGGGACUUGACGGAAAAUACGCUGCUGCCGCUGCGGGUGCCGCAAGCAUCGUCCGACCCCGCCGGCUCCUCGUGGAGUGCGCUCAGUCUAGACCCGCGCGUGAGCAGCGCUGCAGAGAAGCUCUUCGGUGCAGCGCCGACGCGGCUGCAGGCACGACUUGUGCCGGCAUUGCUAAACGAGGACCACAACGACGUUCUCUUUAACGGCGUGACGGGCAGCGGCAAAACAUCGGCGCUGCUCCUGGCGAUGCUGCACGGCAUUCGCAACGAGGAAGUCGGCAUGAACGUUCUCGUGGCGACGAACACCAUGAAUGCGAUGCGAAUGCACGCCACCGUGAAGGCGCUCUGCGAGCGCGUUGGCGGUGGGGCGUUGGUCGACCGCCCAGCCGAUGACUACUCUUGGAUGCUGCUCGGCACCUACCGCGAGGACUACGAGACGUACUAUCGCCUACUUCGACGCGGACUACGCCGCAACCAUGGGCCAGCUCGUCUCCUUAUCACGACCGCUGAUGUGAUGUGUGAGCUGCUGUUUGAGAAGAAGAUGGAGUUUGAGGACUUUGGUUACCUGCGGCGCGUUUACGUUGAUGAUGUGGGGGCGCAGGUGCCGAUGAUCGACGAGUCUGCCCCCGUCGCGGAGGCACGGGAGCGACUGCGCAAUCCAUUGGCGGCUGAGCUGUUGCUUGGCACGCUGCAUCAGAUGCCUGGGCCGCACAUUCGAUCCGUGCUGCAGUUGGGCAUGGUGUCUGCAGACGUGGACGGGAAGCUGAAGGAUUAUCUGCAAGCGCUGUGCAUGAAGCCGGUAGCGCAGACCACCGUCUUGUCCGCCGUGCGCGUGCCUUCCACCGUGCACUGUCUCUUCUCGUUUUACGUGGCGCACCGCGAAGAGCGCUUCGCCUACCUGGCCCGCCUGGUGUGGAACGCGCGUGACACCAUCCCAGGCCGGGCGGUGAUCUUUCUCUCCGACACCGAGGAUGUUCUCGCGGCUCGCCGACGUCUGCGCGGCCUUGGCAUGGACGUGAAGCUCUUCUCGGAGAUUUACGGCGAUCAGCGCUUCCAGGGCAACUGGAAGUUCGUAUUGUUGAAGGAAUCGGAAGCGUUUGGGGUGGAUCUGCCGCUGGUCUCGCACGUCUUCAUCACCUUUGCGCCUACGACGUGGCAGCGCUACCUGCACAUGUGCGGUCGCACGGGUCGCCUCGGUAACGUCGGGUGGGUUUACACGGUGUGUGACAAGCUGGAAGCGAAGGUGGUUCGUCACGCAGCGGAGGCGCUAUCCGUCGACUUCUGCCACCACGUCGUGGAUGCGAACCUGAACGAGGUGCCCGCCAGGGACGUGGAGCGGCAGACAAAGCUGCCGGAACUCUACGGGCUGGACCCACAGUUUGUGGUGCGGCAGCACUACGAGGUGCAGACGGAGAAUCCAGACAUGGCGUACCGCAAGCGCGAGUUUUUCUCGAAGCCGGCGGUGAAACAGUUCCAGAUGGAGGACUACACCCCCGCCCCGGUGAAGCAGCGGCGCUUCAACCACGCCAAGCAGCUUUCCCGCGAUGUGGAGCAGAACCCCUCGUUGGCGAUGGACAUGCAGAAGAAAGGGAUGCUCGACGCUCAGCUGAAGCCGACUCAGAAACUGCAGCGCUACAUGGACUUCAAAACGAGCAAACGCGCACCCGAUCCCUUUGCAAAGAAAAGCCAGUAA